GGGCAGAUACAUGCGAAACUCAUUUUAAACAGUCCACAAUCGAUGCUGCGCUCACCUGCUUAGUUAGUUCCGCUGAGACCAACGCAGCACCUCAAAACUCAUGUCUUAUGUCAAAACUGUACCAGCCCUUACUCGGGCAGGCGUGGAUAUAAACGUCAGAAGACUGAAUACCCUUUCUAACCGAAGAGCACAGUCCACUGUCGCCUCAACUCAGGCAGACCAGGAUGUCACCAACAGAGAGUCCUACUCUUCAAGGAAAAGCAGAAAUGCUUCCUCCUCUCCAAAGAUCUCUAUUGACUUUGAGCUGACACAGGAAGCAUACAAGAGUAAAGACAAUUUAGAACUGCUCAGAAGUUUGGUGGUUUUCAAACUGUGCUCCUAUGACCUUUUGGUUGAUAAGAACAAGGAGCUGAUGGAUAUCAGUAAGUUCGUACUGGGGAAGAAGGCAUUUGAGCAGUUUAUGAAGAUGACAUUCUAUGGCCAGUUUGUGGCGGGAGAGGACCACAAGUCCAUCAAGUCUCUGAUUCAAAAGAACAGGGCCUUCGGAGUGGGCUCUGUCCUGGACUACAGUGUAGAGGAGGACCUCACACAAGAAGAUGCAGUGACUAAAGAGAUGGACUCAUGUGUGUCUGCUACAGAGAAAGAAGGCAUGAGCAUGGACCACAGAGAAAAGCAGUAUAAGGCUCACCAACAGUUUGGGGACCGUCGAGGGGGAGUGACCGGCGCCAGGACAUACUUCUACUCUGAUGAGGCCAAAUGUGACCAACACAUGGAGACCUUCCUAAAGUGUAUCAAAGCAUCUGGUGGGAGCUCAGUGGAUGGCUUCUCUGCCAUCAAGAUGACUGCACUGGGACGACCUCAGUUCCUGCUCAAGUUCUCGGAGGUGCUGGUGAAAUGGAAGCGUUUCUUCAGCUUCCUGGCGGCACAGCAGGGGAGAGAUGGCAUGGAGGCUCUGGAGCAGAGGCUAGAGCUGCAGCCACUACAGGAGUUUAUGACCACGCUGGGGGCCACAGGUGACUUCCAUGGCUGGUUCACUGGAGAGAAACAAGGAUCAGGAACCAUUGACAGGCUGGACUGGAACAGCCUGAUCGACGACAGAAUAAAGAUAUCAGAUCUGCUGGUUGUCCCAAAUUUAGAGACUGGUCAGCUGGAGCCCCUGCUCAAUAAGUUCACAGAGGAGGAGGAGAAACAGAUGAAGAGGAUGCUCCAGAGGCUGGACGUACUUGCCAAUCAUGCAGAGGAGCACAGUGUUCGUCUGAUGGUGGAUGCAGAGCAGACCUACUUCCAGCCCGCCAUCAGCACACUGACUGUGGAGAUGCAGAGGAUCUACAAUAGAGGGAAACCUGUCAUCUUCAACACCUACCAGUGCUACCUCAAGGAGGCCUAUGAUAUCGUGACCAUGGAUGUUGAGUUGUCUAGGCGUGAGGGAUGGUUUUUUGGGGCCAAGCUGGUGCGUGGGGCUUAUAUGUACCAGGAGAGGAGCAGAGCGGAGGAGAUCGGAUACGAGGACCCCAUCAACCCUGACUAUGAGACCACUAACAUGAUGUACCACAAGUGUCUAGACUACAUCCUCGAUGAGAUUGUACUGAACAGAAAUGCCAAUGUCAUGGUUGCUUCUCACAAUGAGGACACAGUGAAGCACACCCUCAGGAGGAUGAAUGAGUUGGGCCUGACUCCCACGGAGAACAAGGUGUACUUUGGACAGCUGCUGGGCAUGUGCGACCAAAUCAGCUUCCCAUUGGGCCAGGCAGGUUUCCCGGUCUAUAAAUAUGUUCCAUACGGGCCGGUGAAUGAGGUGAUACCGUACUUAUCCCGUCGUGCCCAGGAGAACAGGGGCUUCAUGAAGGGUUCCCAGAGGGAGAGGGAGAUGCUGUGGAAGGAGCUAAAACGCAGGCUGGCCUCGGGACAAGUCUUCUACAGACCUCAGCCUGAACCGGGUCUAUGAAAUCACAGCUAGCUAGCUGUCUGUCUGUGCUGUGUCAUGACGUUGGCCUCUUUGAGUAUAUCAACCCCAUCCCCUCUCCCUGCCACCCCCCUUGCCUCCUUCAACUAGGCUGCUGUGGUCAGAGGUCGUAAAUUCCUGAGAAGACCUCAUGGAGAGUAGUCUCUCAUUAUAGAGAGUAGUCUUUCAUGGAGACAAAGGAAAUCCUUCCUCCUCACAGAACUUGAGGUACGAACAAAUUUCAUGUUCUGGAGAAAGUGUAAAAGAUCGGUGAAGAAUCCAGCUACGAACUGGUCCGUUUGUCACAA